AUGAAGAAGAUCAAUCAUUGCAGCAACGGUGGCUACGUUUCCUUGCAGGAGAAGCUCAUCUACAAACUGUCUAACUCUCAUGCAGUCUAUCUGGCACAAUGCAAAGCGUGUCAAGAACUGCUGGACUUCUGCAAAUUCAACGAGGAUGAUCUCCAGUCUGUGGUGAGCAUGUUCCUCAAUGGAGAAGAACCCGAGCCCGUUCCGCAAGCAGCAGAAGUUGAGGGCACCGACCAGGAUGAGCAGGGGGAGGGAAAGCCAAAGCGGAAAGCAAAGCGGAAGCAAGAACAUGGGAAGGAGAAGACCAAAAACGCCACGGACAUGGAGAAGGAGGGGGAAGCCGCCGCUGAUUCUGAUGAGGACCCCUUUGCAUAUGCAAAGGCGCAGGCGCCAACAAUAGAGCUCCUGCCUCCCGGCCAGCACGGCAAGAAGUUCCCAUACAGAUGCACGCUCUGCGUCACCAAAACCUGGCCGGAAGGAAAGGUAGGUGAUUGUUGCGCGGCCAAGACAUCCACAGUCAAGCACUUCAUCUCCCAGCACAUCAACUCACAGACGCACCAGAUGCGCCUGAAAAGGCAAUCGCAGGAAGCUCCCGCAGUUGAGGUCGAUUGCGAGGGCUUGCCAAUAUCUGAUGCGGAACUUGCCGGGCACCUGUAUACAUGGAGGACGGACUUUACACAUUGGGCUGGCAUGGCAAGUUUUGGCAAGUACGCCAAACACACCUAUUGGUAUGUUGCCAGUGAAGACAGUUGGUACAUUCGUGCCCAAGGCUGUUCAAAAAGGUGUGAGUACGUCAAUACAAGGAAUCACCAGUGCUGCAAGGAAUGCAUUGCCUUGGGGAGUGCCCACUCUGUUGUUAGAUCUGUCGCACGCUUCUCUGUGAAGUUCUUCAGCGCUCGUCUCCUUUGUGCUCGCUUGUUCCAAGGCUCCACAGGGGCGGAUGCAGUGGAGAAGGAGAUCUGUGAGAGCCAAUUGUACGCACACGACCCCAAGAAAAUGAGGGGAAUCAUGCAGCUGGAAAGUUCAAAGCUCCAACAAUUUGUCCGCGCCAGCUUCUUGAGCGAGAGCCCCACAGGCAUGUCAAGUGCUGCGCGGACAUUCAAUGCAUCUGUUGUGUCGCCGUGCUUGCAAUGCCGAGUGGACAAUGUACCAGAACAACUGGCGGAUGUUGUGGCUCGAUUUGAUGCCAUUAUUUGCGGGGGGCAGGCGACAGAGCAAGACACAGCCAACAUCAAGAUCGCUGCAGGAGCUUUGUCAGGCUCUUUAGAGGGUCACCCCUUGAUCCAUGGGUUGAGUCUGCAAUGCUUCAGACAGGUGAGCAAACUUCAGAAGGGCAUUGAGACGAUGCGUGGCCGGCGGUUCAAGGAAUCGGCCCUGGAAGAGCAAUUGAUCCGUGACGCUGGUCUCCAGUUAUCGAUGGCCUCAGGCAACAAAGAGUUGGCUCAGAUGUUCGGACUGGCGGUGGGUGCCUACAAAACGGCGCUUGAUGAGCUAGAAAAGAACUCUUUGCCAAACCCAGCACUAUCACUUCUUUGGCCCGAAAAGCUUGCCAACAACUUCCGCCUCAUAGAUCAACGAUCUCCAUCAUGUCCAGACAAUGACCGAUGCCGCUUUCUGCUUGCAUUCGACUGCACCUACUUGACCCAGACUUUGACGCAAAUGGCAAUUCACGACCAACAUGCCAUGGUGGGAGGCAUUUGGAGCCCCCAGACUCCGGAAAAUGCUUGCAUCAGCUUGGACACAGAUGAGAUGGUCGAUGUCAAGGGCACACCGCUUGCAGCGACCAUGAUGGAAUGCUUGGUGUGGGAUCCAAGCCUCAAGCACCGGAUAUCCUUGAGUCCGUGCUCUAUGCCGAUUCAACACAACUUCCAGGGUGUAGGAGGUAUGAACAGGGGUCAGUGGUACAUGGUGGACACCAUUGGCCGGGUCAUGGAAGGAAGUGAUGGCUUGGUAAGGGGCUUGGUGUGUGAUGCCCAUUCCUCACAUGCCUUCAUUGGGAGGAUCAUCUUUGGGCACCUCGAGGGAUUGGAUGCAGCUGUGCUACGUGAAAUGCCUUGGUUCAACAAGAUCGUGCACAUUCCGAUGCCAAAGACUACUUUGAAUGGCAAGGCUCUCAACAAAGUGAAGACCCCGACGUCUUACAAGGAGCCUGCACUGGCAGAGGAAGAGUUCAUCGCGUGCAGCGAUAGAGCCUUGAAAGCUGCACUAGCACUGGCGUCCAAAUGCAGUGGGGUCAAGGAACCUUUUCUGGAAGCUUCGUACCGCAAACUUUGUGAAUACGAGGGGAGCUUUCAGAUGGACUUUGAGCCGGAGCCGGACGAGAUGGAGUUCCAAGCAGAGGAUGCAGUUGCUGAUCAAAAGCCGGAUUGCCUGAGUUUGCUCACCCGGUUGCAGGAGGAAAGCAGGCGCGUGAUGGAAGAAGCUCAUCAGACUGAGGAGCCCAAUGCUCCAGAACCAACACAGCCGAGAGAGAUAGAGGUAGAUCUUCAAGAUUUACCUGAUAAGGCUGAGCUCAUUGGUCUUUGUGAGAAGGAAAACGUACAGUGUCCAUUCAGAUCUGAGACUUCUGUCAGUCCAAAGGGUCGCGCAAAAGAUGACUAUUUGCCAUCCACGCUCACAGAAGCUCUUCAGAUGAAGGGCGACAUGUGGAACAAUCUAUUUAGAUUGGUGCUCCGGAUCCGCUCCACCAAAGGAGGAUGUGAUGUCGGGUUUUUGCGCAACGCGCGCAAUUGCCGCCGUGCGGCCAAAACACUCAAUUGGCAUCAGUACAAUGAGAGAAAGAUUGCUGCAGCUGUGGCUGAAAAAGACGAGGUCCACUACCGUUCUCGCGCGGGCCGCCUGGAGAAGUGGCGCGAACUCUGCACGCGCUCUCAGAAGGAGUUGCAGCUUCCAGUGUCUGCUCCGGAGCGACUGAUGCCAGGAAACUGUGUGAUCUUCAUCAAGCCGAAACAGCCUCCAGAGUUUGAGAUCGGAAUGGUGCUGACAGUGUGGAAGGGCAUAAAGAACCCACGCCAGUUUGGUGGAGAGGUCCCUAUCAACAGCAUCAGUGCCUUCAGGGUGCUUGUUUUGGAUAUGAAGUCUCAGGAGCCCAUUUGA